AAUUAAUUAAGAGCGAGUCAAAACGGGUGUGCCAGUGUGGAUGCUUGGUCUGGGUGCGGACCUCUUGUGGGCCCACAUGAACCGCCUACUGGGCUUCCUCUUCCACCAGGGAGUGCUGGACGAGCACUUCUUGCAGCUUCACCACCUCCAGGACGAGUCCUCCCCAAGCUUCGUCUCCGAGGUGCUCAACAUCUACUUCCACGAGUCUGAGAAGCUUCUCAACAAUCUCAGAUCAUUGCUCAUGGAUAGGGACUUCUCCGACUACAACAAAAUGAGAAUCCAUUUGAAUCAAUUCAUGGGAAGCAGCUCCAGCAUUGGCGCCAAGAGACUCACCACUGUCUGCCUUGCCUUUCGUGCUGCUACUCAACACAGUAACCGUCCUGGAUGCCUUCGAGCCUUGGAGAUGCUGGAACAUGAAUAUUGCUAUCUCAAGAACAAACUGCAUGAACUAUUCCAAAUAGAGCAGCAACGUGCUUUGGCAGCAGCAGCCAGAUACCCACUGCAGAAUAACCAAUAAAAAAAAAUCCAUCUCCAUCUGCAUGGAUUAAUUGUUUUAAUAUAUUCCUAAUUAAACUAGCGGGGUCAUCGCCAUUUUGAAUUCUAAUAUAUUAAUUAAUGUAAAUAUAUAGAAGCCAGCGCUCAUGCAUGCUC